AGUAACGGUUUUUGUGUAAAAGAAAGAGGUGACGCAAAAAAUGGAUUCAUAUUCAAUACCAAAAACACAAACAAAAUAGUUAGUUACACCAUUUUUUUUUUCUUCACAGAAACAGAGAGAAAGAAAUUACACACAACAAUGGCACAAGCAAAUCGUGAAGAAAAGAUUCAUGAUCCGAAUAAAGAAAAAGUUGGUCAAGAAUCAAGCAAUUCAAGCUUCAAAUUCAAUGUUCAAGCACCUGAAUUCGUUCCAAGAUCGCAUUCUCAGAUUCCAAUUUCUGGUUAUUACUAUCCUUGUUUUCAGAUUCUUGGUGGUUCUGGUGAAUCUGAUUGGUUUUACGUCGGUGAUCAAGAUCCUUCGUGUUUGAUUCCUAAUGCUAGUGUUCCGCAACCUAACUGUUCGAAGAAUGUUCUCAACCCUGAUCUUCAACAAAAGAUCGUUAAACAGGUGGAGUAUCAGUUCAGUGAUUUGAGCUUGCUAGCUAAUGAAUCUUUCCAGAAGCAGAUGAAUAAGGAUCCUGAAGGUUAUGUUCCAAUUGCUGUGAUUGCUUCCACCAAAAAGAUCAAGUCACUUGUUACCAACAUUCAUCUUCUUACACAAGCUAUCCGUCAUUCGUCAAAACUUGUUUUGAGUGCUGAUGGCAAGAAGGUUAAACGCAAACAUCCAUUUGGGGAAAAGGAGAAAGAGGAAUUACAGUCUCGUACUGUUGUGGCGGAGAAUUUACCUGAUGAUCAUUCCCAUCAAAAUCUUCAGAAAAUAUUUUCCGUAGUUGGGAGCGUGAAAACGAUCAGAAUAUGCCAUCCUCAAGAACCAAAUUCUUCUCGCCCUAAAGGUGAUUUCCUCAUCAGUAACAAGCUACAUGCACUUGUGGAGUAUGAGUCAUCGGAUAUAGCUGACAAAGCCGUUGAGAAGUUAAAUGAUGAAAGGAAUUGGAGGAAAGGGAUGCGAGUAAGGUUGCUGCUUAGAUGCUCGCCUAAAUCUGUUUUGAAGAAUAGAAAGUCAGAAUUUGAUGGCUUACUAGACGAGGAAGAGAAUCUAAAUUCUGAAACUGCUGAGGAUUCUUCUCAUCAUAACAACACUGAAACAUGUGUUGAGAAUAAUGGUGAUGAAACUUCAGUAGGAUCAAAGAAAGGAUGGGCUAGAGGGCGUGGAAAAGGAAGAGGACGCACUCAAAACCAUACUGGACGUGGCCUGCUUGCUCCACCAUCUCCAUCAAGCAGCGUUGUCCUGAGUGAAAUAUCGACUAAACCCAAUGCUAAGGGCCCAAGAAUGCCAGAUGGUACAAGAGGUUUCGCAGUCGGACGAGGCAAACCAAUAAGUACUCCCGCUUCACCUCAGGAGUAAUGGGUAUUGUACUAGCCAAAUUUUUCCUAUGCUCUCUAUAGUGAAAUUUAGAAAAAUUUUGUUUUGUUUUUCUUAUUACCAGCAGAGUAUUCAAAAGCAGUAAACUGAUAUUGUUUUAGAUGUUACCAAUUUUGUAAUAAUUCAAGGUGUAUAGUGUUGUAUGUUAUGGCGGAUCCUGAUGACAAUGACUACAAAUAUCAUUCAUAUA